AUGGAAUCUGCUUUCACGCAGUGUUUCCCCAGUGAGUUCAUCUGCUCCAUCUGCAAGGACAAUUUCACAGACCCUGUCACCAUUAGCUGUGGGCACAGAUUUUGUACUCCUUGCCUCUGUCUCUUGUGGGACGAUGCCCAGACAGCUACUUGCUGUCCUGUGUGCAAGGCAAUAUCUCCGAAAAUGGACUUCAAAAGCACUCUUCUUGCUAAGGAGCAUAUUCUUCCUACCAGAGAAUCAAUUGUCUGCCAGUUACCUAGCUCUGCCAAGCAGAUGUGUAGGAUACACCAAGUGGUAAAGCUCUACUUCUGUCACGCUGACACGAGCCUGCUGUGUUUGUUCUGCUCUCAUUCCCCAGAGCAUGCCGCGCAUGAACACUAUCCAAUAAAGCAGGUUGCAGAGCACUACAGGGAGAACCUUCUGAUGCAAAUGAAGUCUAUUUGGAAAAAGAAAAAAGAAAAUCAGAGCAAUAUAAAAAAAGUGACCAACAUAUUCAGAGUAUGGGAGGGUUUUGUAAAUCUACGGAUGGUGAUGAUAGGAGCUGAAUACCCUAAGGUAUAUCAAUAUCUCCAGGAAGAAAAGCAAAAACAUUUAGAGAUGUUGGCAAUUGAAGGCAAGAUCGUUUUUCAGCGACUCAGGAGAAAUGUAGCCAGAAUGGUUCAUAUGGGGAAACUCCUGAGAAGAAUAUAUGAGGAGCUGAAGGAACUGUGCCUUAAAGCAGAUGUGGACAUGCUCCAGGGUGUGGGAGACACAAUGAAAAGGAGUCACUUAAUGCAGCUGUACAUUCCUCAGCCUAUGGACCCACAGCUCAGUACAUGGGCCAUCACUGGGAUGUUGGAAAGGCUUAACAGCUUCCGAGUGUAUGUUACGUUGGAUCAUAAAAUAAGAAAUUGUCACGUGGCUCUGACUGAAGACCUGAGACAUUUGCAGUGCAGUCCUGACCAUCAAGACGUGCCCCGUAAUCCAGCAAGUUCAGAGAAUACUCCUUCAUGGGGCGCUCAGACCUUCACCACUGGCAAACAUUACUGGGAGGUGAAUGUGGGAAACUCUCGUAACUGGAUUAUAGGACUUUGCAAGGAAUCCUGGACAAGUAGGAAUGAUAUGCUACUUAACUCUGAGGAUAUUUUUCUACUUCUGUGUGUCAGCGUGGAGGACCGUUUCAGUCUCUUUUCUACCUUCCCACUCUUACCCCACUAUAUUCAAAGACCCCAGGGCUGGAUAGGGGUGUUUCUGGAUUAUGAAUGUGGUAUAAUAAGCUUUAUUAAUGUUGCCAGAAGUUCCCUCAUUUGUAAUUUCCUCUCACGCUCUUUCUCUUUCCCUCUCAGACCUUUCAUUUGGUGUGGACCCAAAUGA